AUGGUUUCAUUCAACAAAGCUACUUUGCUUGCAACCUUGAUGGCUGCUGCUUCAGCACAAUACUUCAACGGUUCAGGUAACUCAUCCUCAAUCGCUUCAUCUAGUGCUCCAAUUGGUGCUGGUCCAUCAUCAUCAGAAGCUUCAACUUUCUCAUUACCAUCAUCAGAACCAGUUUCUUCAGAUGCUUCAUCAGAUUCAUUCAUUUACUCUCCAACUGCUGGUUCAUCAUCAGCUCCAGCUUCAUCAGAUGCUUCAUCAGCUGCUUCCUCAUCUGCUCCAGUUUCAUCAGAUGCUUCAUCCUCAGCUCCAGUUUCAUCAGAUGCUUCAUCCUCAGCUCCAGCUUCAUCAGAUGCUUCAUCAUCCGCUCCAGUUUCCUCAGAUGCUUCAUCAGUUGCUUCAUCAUCUGAAGCUUCAUCAUCUGCCCCAUCAUCAUCUGCUUCAUCAUCUGCUACUCCAUACAUUGAAGGUCGUUUACAAGAUGGUCAACCAUACUGGGAAGUUCAUGUUCCAGCUUCUCUUGGUCCAUGGACUGAAGCUGCUAUCUCAUCAGAUGCUGAAACCGACCAUUACAUCUUCUCAAAAGUUGAAACCGAAGUUGAUGGUUCAAGUGUCGAAUCUGAAAAAGAAGUUUCAGAUGAAUCAAUUGCUGCUACUGUUGGUCCAAUCACCGGUGAUGAAUUAGUCUUCAAAAUCUACGCUACUGCUACUUCAGGUGCUCCAUACACCAAUGACUUAUCAUUAACUAUCACUACUCCAGAUGGUAGAAAAUUAAUCAGAAGAGCAACUUCUACCUUCAACUUAUCAAACACCAUCAAUGAAGAUGCUUCAUCAUCAUCAUCAUCUGCUGCUGCUUCAUCAUCUGCUCCAGCUUCAGUUGGUGCUUCAGCUUCAUCUGCUGCUUCAUCUGCUGCUUCAUCUGCUUCAUCUGCUGCCUCAUCAGCUGCUUCAUCUGCUUCAUCUGCUGCCUCAUCAGUUGCUUCAUCAGCUGCUUCUUCAGAUGCUUCUUCAUCAGCUCCAGCUUCAUCAUCUGCUACUAUCUCAGGUGCUCCAGCUCAAUCAUCAGAUGCUUCAUCAUCUGCUCCAGCUUCAUCAUCUGCCACUAUUUCAGGUGCUCCAGCUCAAUCAUCAGGUGCUUCAGCUCAAUCAACCUCAACUGCUACUGAAGAAGAACAAUCAACUACUGUUGUCACUGUUACCUCAUGUUCAGGUUCUCAAGGUUGUUCAGCUGUUCCAGUUACCACCGGUGUCACUGUUGUCACUGAAACCAAAGAAGGUACCGAAACUAUUUACACCACUUACUGUCCAUUAACUUCAUCAGCUGCUCCAACUGGUACUUCAGCUGCUGCUCAAACCUCAGCUGCUCCAUCAGGUUCUGAAUCAACCUCAACUGAUGUCGUUGUUGCUUCAUCAACUACCGUUAUCACUGUUACUUCAUGUAAAGAUAACCAAUGUACUGAAGUUCCAGCUACUACCGGUGUCACUGUUGUUACUGAAACCAAAGAAGGUACUGAAACUGUUUACACCACUUACUGUCCAUUAACCUCAACUGCUGCUCCAGCUCCAUCAACUGCUGCUCAAACCUCAGGUGCUCCAGCUCCAUCCGGUUCAGCUCCAGCUUCAAAAGCCACUGAAGGUUCAGACUCAACCUCAACUCAAGUUGUUAUUGCUUCAUCAACUGCUGUUAUCACUGUUACUUCUUGUAAAGACAACCAAUGUACUGAAGUUCCAGCUACUACCGGUGUCACUGUUGUUACUGAAACCAACAAAGGUACUGAAACUGUUUACACCACUUACUGUCCAUUAACUUCAACUGUUCCAGCUGCUCCAACUUCAGGUGCUCCAGCUCCAUCUGGUUCAGCCCCAGCUGAAGGUACUUCUGCUACUCCAGCUACUCCAGCUGCUCCAUCAUCAGAAGCCCCAGCUGCUCCAACUUCAGGUGCUCCAGCUCCAUCAUCAGAAGCUCCAGCUGCUCCAACUUCAGGUGCUCCAGCUCCAUCUGGUUCAGCCCCAGUUGAAGGUACUUCAGCUACCCCAGCUACUCCAGCUGCUCCAUCAUCAGAAGCUCCAGCUGCUCCAACCUCAGCUGCUCCAGCUCCAUCAGGUUCAGCUUCAGCUCCAACUGAAGGUACUACUACUGCUGCUCCACAAGGUUCAACUGCUGCUGAAACCUCAGGUGCUCCAUCAACUACUUUAGCUACCCAAGGUGCUUCAUCAGCUCCAGCUCAAGGUUCAAGUGUCGCUUCAGUUUCUCAAUAUGAAGGUGCUGCUUCUAACUUACGUGUUGGUUUCACCGCUGUUGUUGGUUCAUUCAUCUACUUCUUAUUAUAA